AUGUCUCUCCAGUCUGGACUAAAUGCUACUGCAGACUCCAUCUCAACGUCUCUCCAGUCAUUGUCUCUCCAGUCCGAACUACCCGUUCAGAUUGCUAACCCUGUCGGGAGACCGCACUCCUUCGGCGCUGUGCAGCGCGUGAGCGUCGAUGGUCGGCAGCACGCUUACAAUACGCUGCGCUGGACCAAGCCGGGUAACCAGCAGGAGAUGACGAAGUUCAUGAACAAGGAGACCGUUCGUUUCUUUGCGAAGUUCGGAUGGGAGAACCCCGAACGCGACGUGCCACCAGGUGUCGCAGAGCCGGAUCAGGACACGAUCAGUGUCUACGAAGCGUCAGCGAAGGAAGCCUCUCGAGCCGUCAAACGAGGAUGUCCAGACGAAGAGCAGAAGAGACGAGAUGAACUAGUCCGACAUGUUCGCACGAUAAUGCUCGCUCGGUUCCAGACAAACUUCCCCGACUCUAAGCGAAAGGCUAAGGCCGUCAAGGAACGUGGGGCCGACAUCUCGAAGCUUCUUCUGAAGUACUGGGAGAAACCGUCUAUGAAACAGCUUUACAAAGUAUGGGCGAAUUCGAAGCCGCGCCCGGAUCUCGAUGCGGAGAUCGAUCGUUUGUUGCCCGCAGUGAGGGAGCAGAAGGGCGACCCCGAAUACAAGCGUAUCGGCGUGUGGAAUACAGUGGCGGCCGACUGGUAUAGAUCUGCCAGUGAGGAAGAAAAGGAGCAGACGAUGGAGAAGGCGAAAGACAUAUUGGCCAAGGAAACGAAGAAGUGGAAGGAGGAUCUCGCGGCGCCCAAGACUCUGGAAGACGCCAUAAAAUUCAUGUCAGCGUCCAAGGACUUUUUGGAGGAUCUCAUGGAAUUCUUUGCGGAUCACUGCGGCGGCAUGGCCGUCAUGAUCCUAGCUGGCGCGGGGAAGGUCAUGGUAUCCGAGGGUGUAUGUAACAUUGCGGGCAAGCCUAAGGUCAAGUACAGCGAACUCGGGGAAGAACGGCACGUAAUACAUGCGGUGUCUGAACGCAUACACACACAGGCCUGCCUUGUUACCGAGACAAAGUGGGAUCUGCGCCUUUCGGACUAUAGAAAUGAGCCAGUAACGCGUGAGGGUACUGGAGAGGCGCACAGCCCAGAAGCCCUUACCACUCCGCCGGCAAUGAUGUCCAACGAUAAUACGACAGCAGUCCAGGAAGCUUCGACGCAACGCAGAGCCAAUGCUGACAAUGCCGAUCAGCUGCCAAAAGACACGUUCGUCUCUCAUUCGGCGCUGGAUAUCUCUCUAUCGCUAGACCUUCCCGUCGACGUCUUUGGGACCAAUACGAGCCAGACGCAGAGUAGCUUGGAGGGUAGAGAGCAGGCAAGAGAAGUUGCACAGUGGGGCGAGGAUGAUCGGCGGCAUGAGGAGCCUAUCAUGGAUGUAUGUGGCGCCGGCGAGUUGGGUGGCGAAGAUACUCGUGUAGAGAAGCCGUUGCCCAAGGAGAAGGCUAAGCCAAAGCCGCGCCCUACCGCCCGAAGACAGGCGUCCGCGAAGAGUGCCAUCGCUCAAACCUCCAGGUUCGACGAUGCUGGCGCUCUUACCAACGUUCGCUCCAUCGGCGAGAAGAGUACAGACGACACGCGAGAACCGCUCAAGAUGGCUCUGCCCGCUCCGCCUUGCUCGCCGCCCGACUCUGGAUCGCUGCGGUCGGACCAGUUGCACGGUACACGAGGCAACGGCGAUGUUUUGAGUAGCCCCGACCACCAUGAUAAUGGCCGUUCAGAUGGUGACGACGGUGUCGGCGAUAGCAUGCACAUCAAGAUCUUCGGCGCGGAUUAUGAUCCAUGUGGCCAAUGUGCUCCUGAAACGAAUCAGAGGGGUGAUUUGUCAGCCGUACUGCGUCAACUGGUGGAUGACUUGGUCCGCGACGAGGCUGAUGAAACCUCUCAUUUCGGGUCGAGAGGUCGAUUUGCGUCGUGGUCGAACUAUAUUCUGGAAAUCCCUGAAAGAUACGAAUCCAGUGGAUGGUCAGUAUCCCGUGCCGUCCUCAAAAACGUGCUCGAGAAGUACCUAAAUUUCGAACUGGCAAAAUCUCCCCCCGCAUCCACGUCUUGUCAUGGCUGGUCUGCGUUUGAAUUGCACGGCGAACGCAUCGGGAUCAGACCGGUCUAUCUCAGUAAACUCCAAGGCCCGCACUACACGGCCGCAUGGCCGGAUCUGGGGCAACGGAACAGUUCAACGCGUGAUGCGAAGCUUGCAGACUGGAACAUAGGAGCGGCCUUGUGUGAACAAUGGCGUCUCCUACAACCAGUAGAGCGUUUGAAAGGACACUUCAUUCGCGCUGCGCCAUGUGCGAACAUGGACUGGGGAGAAGCGGUGCUUGGCGGGAAAAGAGGAGCACGCCUGUUCAUCUUGGGGCUAAUGAUUUGGGCAGACAAUCUGAAGGGCAUACAGGACGGAACCACAGCGCAUGACUGGGAGACAUUGGCUUCCGAUAUGGCGCUCGUGUUUGACGUACGAACACGACAGGUUCGCGCGUCGACAGCGGCUGAAACGUCUCGGCCAUCCGACGCUGAAGUUCCGGGAAACUUAGUCAAAGGUAUCGCAGGAGAACUAGUUGCGGGGGGGAUGGGGCGAGAGAGUGGCGGAAGGCCGAAGAGGACCGUGGGUGGGCGCGCAGACAUCAAGUUUGCGGAGAGAUAUGACGCACUAGUUGAACAGCAGAAGAGGGGUACCGGUAAGAAGCAAAAGGGAGAAGCCGCGCCGGAGAAGCCGAGAGCGCGGAAUGAUAGCACACAGGCCCCGAAGAAGUCCGGGCGAAGGACUUGA